AUGGCGACGGUGGCGCUCCCUUCAAGGGCUGCUUCGUGCUUUGUCCAGGUGCCACGAUACGGUCUCUACAAUAUUAAUAUCCUGCCUCGAAGAACACGCCGAGUCUGCGUGACGACUACGAGAAGACAGUAUAACGGAGGCCGGAGGGAGUUUAGCAGUGGGAGUCCGUUGGAAUCACGGCCGAAGAUAUCCUUUCGACUGGCGGUAUCGUCUUCUGGAAAGGGGCGACGAUUCAGUCCGGACAGGAACUUCUACAACUUCCACCCGCAGGUUCACGAUGCGCUGGGAAUACAAAGCCCGAAUUACUAUGACCGGAAAGCCAACAGGCCUGAUAGCGGGGAGGACUCAUUCUUCAUCAGCAAAAUCGGGUACGACAAUGAGGCCUUUGCCUUUGGAGUGGCGGACGGAGUCGGAGGAUGGAGCGAAUCUGGCAUUGAUCCUGCGGAUUUUUCGCACUCUUUCUGUGGACACAUGGCUGAGACAGCCCUGAACUGGGAGUCUUCCCCUGAGAGCUUACGAGCUAUGACACUUAUGCGGCUUGGAUAUGAGAAGACACUGUUGGAUAAGGCCGUCUUUGCUGGGAGUAGUACGGCUUGUAUUGGAGUUGCUCGAAAGGAUGGUUCGGUUCAACUCGCGAAUCUCGGUGACUCUGGAUCACUUCUCUUCCGCCUGGCUGCAGUUCACCAUUACUCCGUCCCCCAGACCCAUGAUUUUAACACCCCAUACCAACUCGCGGCCGUACCAGAGUUGAUUCGACGGCAGUCCUAUCUGUUCGGUGGAAAACAGUUUGAAGACAUGCCUCAAGACGCGGCAGUAACUAAUUGCUCGCUACAGCACGGAGACGUCCUGGUCCUUGCCACGGAUGGUGUGUUUGAUAACCUGAACAACCAAGAAGUCUUGAAGCUAGUAACUGCUCGGAUGAUGGCCACCGGGGCAUGGACUGGUACCUCGGAUAUGGGAAUUUCUGCGUCUGAUAACCUGGAAGCCCUGACGAAGCCCGGAGGCCUGAAAUUCGGUAACAACCGGAUAAAACCCAAGAAAGCAAUUGCUGCUUCUGAGGAAGCGGAUCCGCAAGGCAAAGGGCAUACUCUACAAGCCCUCUUGGCUGUUACCAUAGCCGGAGAGGCUAAGAUUGCCAGCAUGGACUUUCGACGAGACGGACCUUUCGCAAAAGAAUACCAGAGAUAUCGUCCAUGGGAUCAUUACCGGGGAGGCAAGCCGGACGAUAUCACUGUCGUCGCUCUGGUAGCCGUCGAAGAAGGUCGAUCUCCUGCAUCUAACCCGUGA